AAUGUAGGUGAAGACAGACUCGCAAACUUCAACGCUUUGAAAUCAAUUAUAACGGAUAAUGAGAUUAGAAUUAAUGAAAAGAAUCAACCUAGAAGAACUGCUCAGAAUGUUGCAAACUUCAUUUUCGUAACUAAUAACGUUUACCCUGUCAAAAUUGAAGUUGGAGACAGAAGAUACGUAGUUUUAAGAGUUAAUGGUAAAUUCAAGGGUCAAUUUGAUUACUUCAAGAAUUUAAUGGAUUCAUGCACAAAGGAAUUUUAUGAUAACCUUUUAACAUAUUUUAUGCAAUAUGACCUUUCAUCAUUUAAUGUACGAAUCAUUCCGAUGACUGAAGCCAAACAAGAUUUAAUCGAGUUAUCAACAAAUCCUUUAGAUGAAUGGAUAAAUACACAUUAUGAUGAAUUAUGUGCAGGUAUGACGUGUAAAAAUGCUCUAUUCUGCAAACCAUCAGACAUGAAAGACAAAAACUUUCAAAUGAGCAUUAAGGAUAAAUGUGAUAGGAAACAUAGAAGAAUAGACGAUAAACAAACAUGGUGUUAUGUUUUGAAAGAAGAAAUGAAAGGAUUAUAUAAACAAAUUGAACCAAACGAUAAUGAGGAAUCAUUUACUGACGAUGAAAUACCUGUGAAUGAAGCUUUAUAA